CAAAACACCGAAAAUAAUAAAAACAAAAACAACAGCAACAGCAUCACACAUACAUACACACGCGGGAAUUUUUUCGGGCCUCUCUUAGAGCGCGUGUGUGUGUGUGCUGCAGUUGCAUAGUUUUUGCUUUUUUUUUUUUUUUGUUUUGUACUGGAAUUUUGUCUUCUCUCUCUGGAAAAAGAGAGCGCGCGCGCAACGUUUUCCGCAGAAUUAUUUCAAGCCUGUGUGUGUGUUUAUCACUAAACAACAUUUUUUUUGUUUUGUGCAGUUGAGAUUUGAAUUUUUACCCUCCAUAAAAUAACAAGUUACAAGAGCAAUCAAACGAAGGAUUGAAUAUAAAAAGCCAAAUAUCGAAAGAAGAUUCGAUCUUCACACACACAUACAACAUGUUCACCGAAAAGGGAAUUUUUCCCAUUGGCGACGGACUUUUGGACGUGGACGCCGAUCGGCUAAAGGGACUUCUCGUGUCGUGUCACGACAUCAACGAGAUCUACGAGGUGGAACAGACGCCGUUUGCCAGGGGCAAAUUCGCCGCCGUUCGCCGCGCCAUCAACAAGAACACGGGCUCCCACUUCGCGGCGAAGUUCCUGAAGAGGAGGCGCCGUGCGCAGAGCAGCGACAAGGAGAUCAAGCACGAGAUCGCCGUCCUGAUGCUCUGCGAGGGCGAGGACAACAUCGUCAACCUCAACGCCGUCCACGAGACGCGCUCGGACACAGCACUCCUGCUGGAGCUGGCCACUGGUGGCGAGCUGCAGACGAUCCUGGACAACGAGGAGUGCCUGACGGAGGCGCAGGCCCGCCACUGCAUGCGCGAGGUGCUGAAGGCCCUGAGGUUCCUCCACGACCGCUCCAUCGCCCACUUGGACCUCAAGCCGCAGAACAUCCUGCUCGCCGGCGAGCGCAUAGAAGACGGACUGAAGCUGUGCGACUUCGGGAUCUCGCGGGUGGUGUGCGAGGGCAUCAACGUGCGGGAAAUGGCCGGAACACCCGACUACGUGGCCCCCGAGGUGCUCCAGUACGAGCCGCUCUCCCUGCUGACGGACAUCUGGUCGGUGGGCGUGCUCACCUACGUGCUCCUCUCCGGGUUCUCGCCCUUCGGCGGCGACACCAAGCAGGAGACCUUCCUCAACAUCUCGCAGUGCGCCCUCACCUUCCCGGACAACCUCUUCGGCGGCGUCUCCCCGGUGGCCAUCGACUUCAUCCGUCGCGCAUUGCGAAUUAAGCCAAACGAUCGCAUGAGUGCCGCCGGCUGCCUGGAGCACGUCUGGCUGAAGGACGACUGCUCCCUGGACAGACAGAUCUACAUGCAGCCCCAGAGCGAUGCCGAGGAAGAGGAGGACGACGACGAGGUGGAGGAUGAGGAGGAUGCCGUCGAGGAGGAGGAGGAGGAGGAGGAGGAACAGACCCUGGAGGAGCCAGCAACCAGCGAGCAGACGCCACAGCAGCAACCACAGCAGCAGCAGCAGCAACUUAAACAGCAGCUGCAGAUGCAGCAAGCCAAAUCCGUGAGCCACAGCAGCAAGCCGACGCACAAUGGCCACCACCGAGCGAACAGCAGCGGCAGCAUCUCGAAGAUCCCCAUUGCCACCAGCAAGCUGCUCCUGAGCAGCUCCAGCUGCUGCGAGACCACCACGGCCAUCCACACUCUGACCAGCAAUGGGAACACUAAUGGGAACAGCAGUGGGAACAGCAAUGGGAACACCACCAAUGGCCACGUGGUGCACAAGCCCACGCAGAUUGUGACGCCGACGCGAAGAGCCUCCGACUCGGACAAGGAGAACACGUACACGGCCACGUUCGUGAAGAAGCCGGUGGCCACCAUCCAGCUGGGCGGAUCCAACGGCCUCGAGGACGCCACUGUGGUGGCCACGCUCACGCUCUUUCCCGACGCCCCCACCACGCCGAAGGUGAUCCGCAAGACGCCGACGGGCGAGUCGAACGGCUCGGCCACCUCGGUGAAGGCGCUGGUCAAGAAGUUCCAGCUGGAGGAGUCCGGCGGUGCGGCGGUGGCCAGGCGGAGCGGUGGUGCAGCUACCUCGCCAACAACCACGACGACGACGACAGUCAGGAUGAACGGGAUUCGGCGUGCGUCGGAGCCACUGACCACUGUGUACAAGAAGCAGGCGCCGCCAAAUGGCUGCUGCAGCAGCGCGAGUCCCAAUCUGAGUCCAUCGAAUCCGAGUCCCGGCAGCAGCAGUCCCGCCACCACCACCAUUGCGUCCGGCAGCAGCGGCAGCCUGCUGAUGCACAGCCAGCGACUGGGCAGCAGUGCCGCGCCAGCCACAUCAGCAGCAGCUACCACAGCCACAGCCACCUCCUCCUCCGCCAGCAAUAGCAACAACAGCAACAACAACAGCGGAAGCAGCAGCAGCAGCAGCGGAAGUUCCGGGGCGAAGACAGCGAACAGUGCCGCCCACCAUCUGCACCACCACCACAUGCACCACCACCACCACCAUCACCACCACCAUGUGGUGAUCGCGGCCAAGAACGCCGCCGCCGUGGCCGCCACCAACAACCUGAGCUUGGACCAGGGUAUCAUCUGUUAG